UUGUUCGCGACCAGCAGGCUUCUGAGGAUUGCUUCGGCCUUAGUGACCAGUUCCUCGUGGGUAUCGCUCGUCAAGUGUACGGGGGGUUGCGGGUGCGCCCACCUGGGGCGGGGCAGGGGGGGGGUCACGUGUUGGGUCUCGAGCUCCUCCGAGGCGAGUCAACUCGGCCACUCGGCGCCCCAGCGGCCCACCGGCGGGGAGGCCGGCUCCUCGCACACACUCGACAGGAACACAUCCUUGAAACGAAACUCGGAAACGCCCUUCGAGAGCGUCUCACAGUUCCCGGACACUAGUAGCAAUACUGUUUCACGCUCUGAAAUAAACGAAAUGACUUAA